GGGCGCGCGUUGGCCGGCUCAUCGAUCGAACCUUCGUCGACGUGCGUACGUACUCGCGCCAUGGCCGCCGCCGCCGCGUUGGGUGGCGUGGAUGAUCUCGACUUCGACUUGGGUUUUAUGGACGGGUUCGAGUUCGACUUGCUGGACAUGGACCUCACCGAGUUCUGCGGCGGCGACGGCGAGUGCUUGCUGCCCGCCGUGGCCGAUAAGGAGGGCGGUUUCGGUUUGGAUCCGGGUUCUCGUGAUGGUGGCGACGGCGGGAGAGAGAGCUCGCCGGACUCCGUGGUGACGGACGACGGCGCGCCGCCGUCGGAGUCGCAUGGGGAUCGCGACGACGGCGGGAUGUCGACCUACGCGAGCGAGCUGGAGAGGUUCCUCAUGGAGGACGACGAUGGCGGGGACGCCGGCGGGCCGCUCGAUCUGAAGGAGCCUGCCGCGGACGACUACUUCUUGGGUGAUCUCGACGGCCGUUACGCCGAGCCGGCGACUCCAGGGAAGGAUCUCGUCCUCGACGACUACUUCUUGGGCGAUCUCGUCUCGUACGACUACUUCUACGAUCUUGCUGCUGCGGACGAUGCUGCAUCACCGGCGACGGAGGAGGAGGAUGCUUCUGCUCGCGAGGACGACUACUACGAAGCGACCUCGAGGAAGCGCGCAAGGCAGAGGAAGGGCGCCGCUGCGGUGUCACGCGAAGCAGAGCUCCGGGGAGCGCCGGUGAUGCAUGGCAUCUCGUCGAUCUCGACUGGAAUCGGGUGCCGGCCCCUUGGUCACCAUUGGCUGCAUCCCUGCACCACAGUGUGCCUGUUGGCCUGAUCGAUCAUCGAUCAACCUGCAGUUACGGUCCGUCUGGGAGAAAGAUCGCGACGGCGCCUGCCUCAGGUAUUCGAACCGGUAGGUGAAAAUUUCAGAGGAACACCUGCAUUUCCCUGUGUUCUUCUAUGAUAUUUUCUGCCUUACGCACCAACCCUGCCAUUGGACGACUAAAGUCAUGGGAGAUGGGACGAACCAGGGACUCGGCACAGACUCCUCUGUUCGGAGUAGAAAAUUUUGGUAGCAACUCUCGAACAACACGUUUUCAAAAGGAAAAGAAAGCUCGUUUUCUAAUGCGCUAGUACACCUAAUACUCCCCUUCUCGUACACACACAUCCUGUACACGUUCCGUAUACCGGUAGCACAAUUCGUUGACUAUCUGCCUAAUACAGGACCCAUCUCAUACACAUUCCGUAUACCGGUAGCAUUCCGUAUGCCUAAUGCUUGAUACUUAGUUUCUACCACUACCAGUAAAGAGCUUGGUGGUUGAUGUACGUUUGAAGUACAAGAAGAAACCUUUUACUAGGUAGAGAAUGUUAAUUUUUUGUUCUCGACCGUCCAGAAUUUUUUUUCUCUGAAAAUCCAGUGAGCACCACCAAUCGUCCAGGCUUGUGCUUAUUCAGUGUGGGCCGCAUAUAAUCUUAAUCGUCCGGGCUUGUGCUUAUCGGUUGUUGUAGGUUUAGAAGUACAAGAAACCUUUUUUGUUUCUACGCAUCAUCGUCAAGCCUUUUUUUAGCACCUUCAACCGUCCAGGCUUGUGUUUGUUCAGUGCGGGCAGCAUAUAAUCUUGCUCAUGCUGUUCGUUCUUUGGGUAGAGAGAAGCUUCAAUGGUUGUGGCCCUUGUGGCCCUGUGCAGUCCAUCCAUGAAAAAUACUGGAAGCGGCUGUCGUCUGAUCUAUGUCAGACUUGAGGAACCACUGGUGCUCAGCUGCAGCAACGAGCGUUUUUUCCCUCUAGUUACGAAGGCUGCGUCGUGAUGAACUAGUGGAACACAGUUUCCUGUAUUGUCAGUUUAUACCAAGCAAGAUUGGAAGGUAUGACUUUGAAAACAAGGUCAGUCUGAACACAGUUUCCUUCAUUGCCAGUUUCCUUCAGAAUUAAGCAGUGGCAGUGGCAGUGGCUGUGGCUGUGCAUGUGGCUGUUACAUUCCUAUGGUCUGUGUCGUGUGAUAUGUGAAUGAUCACAACACUCUUUGAAGCCUAGAUCUUCUAUCUAUUAAGUCUGAGAUCCCAUCCUCUGUUCCAGUAUCCAUGGACUCCACCACCGUAUGGGUGAUGCAGGCAUGAACUUGAGUCUCUAGAAUUUUUCUCCUUCACAUUAUCUGUUCAAUCGAGUGCUGCGAUUCAUGCUAAAAUCUCUCUAGCAAGCGACUCGUGUGUAGGCUUUUAUUCCAGGUUUCUUUUCGCCUACCUACCUUUCCCAAUUCAGGGUUUAGUAAACAAUUGGAGCUUUUUUCCUCUAUUAGAUUUUGCAGUUAGCAAUGGGAGCAAUGAAAAGUGUAUUUUAGUAAACAAUUGGUUUCUGGUAAACAAAAUCUUCAAUUGCAAAAGCUCGGUGAAUGAACAUAACCACAAACGUUUUAGAGAAAUCAAAAUAUAUUUUACUUACAUUUUUUGAAGCUAUGAGGGCAGGCCUGGCGCAGUGGUGAAGUCCUCCCCACUUGUGCCAAGAGGUCCUGGGUUCGAACCAGCCUCUCUGCAUUGCACUUUGCAGGGGUAAGAUUAGGUUCCUAUAAUCCCUUCCCAGACCCCACCUUGUGUGGGAGCUUCUAUGCACUGGGUCUGUCCUUUACAUUUUUUGAAGCUAUAUAUUUUACUUAGAUUGAAAAAAGGAUCUUCUUAUGUAUCAACAAAUAACAUACUAUUAGUGAUAUUUGAUGGUCUUGACUUGUGUAUCUCCUAAUUAACAUAGCAUUUUGCACAAAGUAACUUUAACUUAAUCGUGCAUUAAUCAUACACGCAAAUGCGCACGAUCAAGAUCAAAGACUCACGGAAAGAUAUCAUAACACAACUCUAGACACAAAUUCAAACAUAAAGAUUUAUAUUACAAGCCAGGGCCACAAAGGCUUAAGUUAGUGGAAGCAACAAUAUAUGAGUAGAGACAUAGGAUAAACAAGUCUGGCUUAAGAAGGCUAGCAAAACAAUGAUACUAGAUCGAAAAGGCGCAGGCCUCCUGCCUGGGGUCCCCCAACUAUUCCUGGUCGUCGGUGGUCUCUAGGUAGUAGUAGGCUCCGUCGGUGUAGUAGUAGUCAUUGGCAGGAUCAGCUGGCUCCUGGACUCCGUCAUCUGAUCGCAGCAAUCGGGUAGAGGCGUAAAGAGGUAGCAAAGCAAUUGGGUAUUGAGUAUGCAUCAUAUCUAUACUAAGUAUGCAUCGAUAUCAAAGGAAUGUGCAUCUUUGGACUAUACUGCAAAAAUGCCAGAACAGAAGGGAAGACCAGCGUCUUGCGGCAUUAGAAGAGUGCAUAUUUGCAUAUCAUAAAGUCAAAAGUAUAUUUUAGUAACGCCGAGAGAUCCUUCCUCCCUACGAGAAAGCGAUCCCGGAGCUAUCAUAUCCAUUUAGUAGAUCGGGAUGCAACUCCGAGCGUUGGUUACCGUGGAUAUGGCUAGUCGAAUAGAUUACUUCCCUGCAGGGGUGCACCAACUUACUAAACAUGAUCGAUUAACUCCGACUGGACACACUUUUUCGGGUCAUGUUCAGCCUCGGUUGAUCAACACACCGUACUCCUACCUAAGCUCAACAGAGAGGUCAGCACGCCUGUCUACAUCCUAAGCGCUAAGGGGUCUUGGGCCCAUCACCCUUUGCGCUCCUACGCGCUCGGCCUGGAGCAGACCCACCCCUUAAUACAAGCGCAAGUGGUUCCCAUCCAAUCGGGCGCGCGCCACUCAAUUGCUGACGACCGAAGAGCUUUCAGAGAAUCGUACGACACCGAGUGCCCAUACUUAUUCCCACGUGGUAGUUAGUGCGAAAAGGCUAGAGGCCUACUCACAUCACAUAUCCAAACCCGUUAGUGUCUUGGGAACGCGCGGAGACGAUCCGUGAUCUUGUCGCCUGUCUCUUACGGCAAGGGUCAGGCCCUGUGACACCCCGAUAGUUAAGCUACAAUAACCCCUAUUAAUGAUGCCAGGUCAUCAUAAUUAAAAUUUUGCUAAAUCUUACUCGUUUCAAGGUAAAUUCAAAUGACAAGUCAAAUUAUAGUUUCUUAAAACAGUAAAGCAAAAAUGUUUGAAUUAUUCUAUAAUUUCCCCUGAUCAAUUGUCAUGUUGAAACAAACUUCAUUUGACUCACAAAUAAAUUUGUAGUAAUUUAACAAAUGGUCCAACAACAAGUAAAACGACCUUUUCAAAAUAAACAAUUAUUUGUUUAACUCAAAUUGCCUCCAAACCUUGUGAGCAUGCUAAAAAAUAAUGCCUAGUAUUUAUGUGCCUAAUACCAUAUUUAACAAAAGUCAAUGGGUAGCAAAUGUUAAUACAAAACAGUGGAGAUAGAAUAAGAAAAAAAA